AUGAAGUUUUCGGCCAUUCUUGGGCUCACGCCACUUAUCGCCUCGACGGUUCUCGCCUGCAAUGGUUACACCGGUGGUGUACCCGUGGCCACUAACACUGUCACAAAGUCUACCUACAUCGAGGUCAAGGCUGGCGAGGUCUACGACGGCCAAUGGCAGCGUUUCGACCGCGGCAGCGGUGCUUGCGGUGGCGAUAACGAAGGCGACUACAAAGAUGCCGUCUUCUACCUUCGCGCCGGUGCUACCCUGAAGAACGCAAUCAUCGGCAAGAACCAGGCAGAAGGUGUUCAUUGCGAUGGCCACUGCACCCUUGAGUUUGUCUGGUUCGAAGACGUCUGCGAGGACGCCAUUUCCAUCAAGAACGACAAGGCUGGCGCCCACUCCUGGAUCAUCGGCGGCGGUGCUUACAAGGCCUCAGAUAAGGUCGUGCAGCAUAACGGAUGCGGAACAGUCAAUAUCAUCAACUUCUUCGUCCAGGACUACGGGAAGCUCUACCGUUCGUGCGGCAACUGUAAGCGCAACGUCUACAUUGAGGGUGUAACGGCCAGAAACGGCGGAGAACUUGCGGGCAUUAACAAGAACUUUGGUGAUACUGCUACGCUGAAGAAUGUGUGCACUGAUGCCAAGACUCCCUGCCAGUUCUACCAGGGAUGCGCUGGUGGCUGGGCUGAAUCAGGGUGUCACACGUCGUGUCACACGGAGCUUCCGCCGCCGUGGAAGGAUGCAGAUCGGUGCCGUUACAAGGGCCCCUUCCAGUUGCCUAACGCAUGCGACAACCUCACCGACGACAGCAGGCAUAGAGAUGCCUCGCACAACAUCAUGGACUUUUGGUCACGACUCUUAGCUGGCACAUCGCUUGCCUCGGGCGACUCCCGCAAAGACGAUGGCAGCAACCCCACCAAGCGACUGCAUCGAUUCGACAAGGAGUUCAACCAAAUACUGCACAUUUGGAGGUCCUCUUCAAAUCUCGCCAAGGACGAUGACGCCGCCGAAGCUCUGGAGAUCCGUCUCCAAGAGCUGACCAACAUCCUCAGCGACGAAACCCGACGACCAUUACCUCAUACGUGCAUCCAGUAUGCCUCGAAGAAACAAAUCUAUAUCCCCAUCGGCAAAAUCGCGACUACCUCGUACAACGAAUGGAUCAUCAAGGAGGCCGUACAUCUCUUCGCAACGCUCGUGGAGACAGACGAAGAAGCUUUUGUCGAAAACUCAAACUUCUCUGCCAGCCUCACGAAUCUUCUUGUGCGGAUCACCGGGGUCAACAGCGUCCGGCUGGGGUCCGAUACCGAAGCCAAGGUUGUCGAACUUGCCUUCAACAUUACUACGAAGAUCCGACUUGACCGCGACAUCCUCCCGGUCUGGUUCAAGGCCGAGCCGCCCGGUCCGCGUGAGCUCGAGAAGACACAAGACAAGCAUGAGACCUUCGCUGGCCGAACCCAGAGGCAGGACUUUCCGCUGUUCUACAUAUUGAUGGACUACAUCCACCAGGAGGGAAAAGUCGGCGACUUUGCGAGGACGGGACUGCUCUACAUCAUCGAGUGCGCUUCCAGCUCGGAGCAACUGGAGCAGUGGAUCGUCGAGAGCGAUCUAUCAACACUCAUGUCGACAGGAUUAGGCGCUUUGUACAGCCAGCUUAGUCGCAAGCUGGUUAUCGACCACCUCCCACACGACUUGCCUCCCGUUCUUGCCCUCUCCGACUAUGAACACCCGACGUCGACGUACGAGAUCAUAAGCUCGUGCUCCCCCGACUUUCAGCUGCAUCUGGAGACUUUCUUGUCGCAUCUUCUUUUCUGGCAGGAUGUCUUGGAGCACUGUAAGUCAGUCGAGGUCAAGCAAACGCUGCUGGAGCAUUUCCAGGUUAUCUUUCUGCAACAACUUCUAUACCCAUCUCUUCUUGAGUCUUCCGAUAUCGACGGCGGCUCUUCCGUCGCUGUCUUGACCUAUCUGCGCCGUAUCCUUGAAUCCCUCGAUCAUCCGGACAUGAUCAACCUCAUCCUACACUAUCUCCUCGGGCUACCGAGCCAUCUAUCUGGCCGCGGGCCCGGCUCACGAACGUCCAUCAGCGACGCGCGCAAACGCAAAUCUAUGGAUCUCGCCUCCAUGAUGGCUUCGGCGAAUUCCGACUCGACUGCGACUCCACUCCUUUUCAAUCUCGUAGAUCUCAUGCUCGCGUGCCUGAGGUCCCACAACCAGCAGACAAUCCACGUCACACUGCAGCUGGUAUCGGCCAUUCUUAAGAGACAUCACCGGUACGCCGUCAUCACUCUGCUGCAUACGGAUGUCAUCGUGGGCGAGAGGGCCAAGCGAACUAUUGGUGCUCACGAGCAGGAGGUCGACUAUUUGGUCAACCUCGCUGGCUCAAUCGGCGGCCAGGACAACUUCGAUGAAAUCUACGACAGCAUCGUGAAGGAUACAAUGGCUCGCCUGGAGAGUCACCCCUGUUCUUUGAAGCUCGUGGCACCUAAAAUCUCCACCAACAACCACGAGUUACCUGCGAUCCCAGACAGUCUUCCCGGCGCUCCUCGUGACGUGCCACAACACACAUUGCGGCCUGAUGAUCCCCUUCUCAGCACAUUGCUGGAUCUGUUGGAGACUUUCUUCGUUAAUCCUGUCGAUACCAACCUCGCUCUGACAGACACUGUCGUCAAUCUUGCCAUUUGCGGCUACAUGAGCAUCGAAGGCUGGCUGUUGAGGAACCCUCAAAGGUACACGUACGAACAUGACGCCAAUGACGCCGAUCCCACAUCUCCCAUCACUCCGGCCACGCCAUUGUUCAAUGUGGUGCCCGUAGACCCAGAAGACCCAGGUACCACCGAGGCUGAAAAGCUCAGAGCCAUCGAAAGCUGCAGACGUUGUCCUCUCUGGGCCCAACCGUCGUUGCCCCGCAUGCUGGUCGUCUUGCAGCGACUCUGCACGCAGAUCUCUGAAUAUCGAGAAAACAUUCCCCGCUUCGACGAGCUGCUGCAACACCGUCGAGAGGCCUUUCAAACAGCCGAUUCGGUUCACGCCACACCCAGCCUUCCAGCGAAACCCGUGCCGCAUCAACACAGUUCAACCCAGACGCCUGACCGCCCAAGCCUGGAGGGGAUUUCCCGAAGCGGCUCGCCAUCGCGUCCAUCGGCCCUUGAGGGCUUCGCACAGCGCCUUCUCUCUGAAUUUGGCACGCCCAGUCGAACCAGCAGCCCUCGCGGUCGCAAAGAACACAGCCGUGGCUCGGGUGCGGCCAGCCCAAUGCCUGGCGGUACGCCGGGUGGCCACGGUGCCUCCACGCCCUCGGCACGGCCUCUCCCAUCAUCAGCUCCUAAGGAGUUCCCGUUCAACUACGAUGACCCAUCGCACAGCGGCGCGCGCGCCUUUUCGCCGAGCAGCGCGGGCGGCGACUCUGCAGCUGCCAGUCAGCAGGCGGCAUUCGCAGCGGUUGAUCAGAGCAUUCUGGCGCGACGGGUCGGCAAACCGGCGAACAUCAAGGCGAUCCCUUUGCGACUCGGCCAGGAUGAACCGGCGCCUGGCGAGGAACGCGUCACAGCGCACGAACCGCCUCCAAAGGACGACGACGAGGAGCAGGAGGUCGAGCGCCAAGGCGACGCAGACACAGAUGACGGGGAGACGCAGACAGGCGACGGAGGCAACGAUGCUGCUGCUGCUGGAGAGGUCGUCGACGACGACGACGAAGAAGAAGAAGGCAGCGAGCGCACCGCGUCCGUGUCGCACGUCAUCACAAACGUGCUCAUUCUGCAAAGCUUUCUUCUCGAGCUCGCGGCUUUGGUGCAGGUGAGGGCGGGGUUGUUUGACGAGGUACGCUUUGCGUAA